AUGAGCCAGGUCAAAAGCAACCGAGAACUGUACCUGCAAUACUCAGCCUCAGCGCCCAAACUGCUGGCGAACGUCUCCAAACUCCUCAUUGUUUGCCGCAACGCGGGCAUUUCCAUCCCCAAAGGCAUUAGGAAUAUUUUUGAGUUCACCUGGGAGGAGCUUAUCAACGACCCUGGAGUGCCCACUGCAUCCGAGAUUCAGGAUCUGGUGAUCACUUUUGGAACUCCUACAGUGGUGCUUGCAGAAGUGAUCCCAGUGCAAGUCCUCCCCAUGCAGAAGAAGCAACUCCCGCCUGCCCCACCACCUCCACUAAUGUCCGCAGCCACCAGUGGGGGCAAGUACGUCCCCCCCACCUCCGCCUCUGCUAAGCUGAUGCCCAAUGGCCAAAAUACCCUGCACAAGUUCCAGCGGCAAUCCAUCCACCUGCUGACGGAGCUGCUUUCCCUGAAGAUGAAGGCCAUGGUGGAGUCUGCCUCUGCAGGUGCCAAUCCUUUGGACAUCACCAAGCGCUUUGUUGAGGCCAGCCAGCUCCUCCACCUCAAUGCAAAGGAGAUGGCCUUUGACUGCCUGACCGGCACGGUUGGGAAAAGCUGCUUGAGUACAGCCCAGCUGGGGAAAGAAUCCUCCAUGAACAUUUCUGCUAUGGGAGUGAACACACCUUACCAGCUGGUCUACCAGACUUCCACAGCCUGCCUGAGCUUCUCCCUCUGCACAGGAAAGGAAAGCAGGAAGAAAGAUACUGGAGCAAAGGCAAAGCCCCUGGAUGACGUCUCGCCUCCGCCCGUCCGAGCCCGGACCCCUCCUGAAAGCACUGUUGUCGAGUUACCUGACCCCUGCCCUGAGGCCCGGGAAAAGCUGCAGGAUAUGUGUCGCCACAUAGAGGCCGAAAGGAUCUUAUGGAGAGGGAGGAGUGCCUCCUGCCCCAUGAUUUUCCGAAACUACAGGUCAAGGAUAUCCUCUCAUUUAAUGGUGGCCUCCAAGGGGGACUCUCACCAUCCUCUCACUACGGGGACUCAGAUUACUGCUUCCGCCCCUCACCAGCCUUCCAGCCAGCAUGCUCAAAUGGGCCGCCAUUCUCAAGAGUGGAAGGGGCCCAAGAAGCCCAUCAAGCUGCAUUACACUUUCUAUGACGGCUCGUCCUUCAUUUACUAUCCCUCCGGAAAUAUCGCCUUACUUCAGAUUCCCACGUGCUGCAGAGGGAAACCCAUCACCUGCCUCUUUAAUGACAUACCUAAUACCUUCCUGGCUCUGUUCAAUGCUGAAGGCCUGGGCUGUGUUUACUACAACCUGAAGAACUGCUGUCCAUAUGUCUUGGUUUUGGAUGAAGAAGGUGGGAUCACAAAUGACCAAAAGGGCUACACAGUCCACAGGUGGAGCUGGGCCAGCAAGACAGAGACAUUGCUCUCUCUGGAAUACAAGGUGAAUGAACAAAUGAAGCUCACAGUCUUGGGGCAGGACUCCAUCACCGUCACCUUCACCUCCAUGAAUGAGACGGUAACAAUCAGUGUGUCACCCAAAAGCUGUCCCCAUAACGUGCUGCAUGACAAACGGCAAGUUCGCAGGAUCAGCCUCAUCGAUGAGAAGGUGUCAAAGAUAAACAGAACCCUGGCUGAGAUCAAGAAGCGGUUUCAGAAGACCGUGGCUCAGUUUAUGAACUCUGUGUUGCUGGCAGCAGGUCUGUUCACCUUAGAAUACCCCAACCCAAAAGACACAGAAGCUAGUCGGGUCAAGUUGAAACCCGGGCCUAAUCAGGAUCGGAUCCGUAAGACAAGUUUAUACCCAGGAGAAAACCUUAUGCGAAUCCAGUCAGCCCGACAGGACUCCGUAAUUAACGAGACACUGAAGGAGGACUCUAUACCCGCAUCCUUGGCCCAUAUCCAAAAGAAGAGCAGCAAGGCCCAGAUCAAAGUCUUACCAAGAGGGAAGCGCAGAGAGGUGCGCAGCCCCACCAGGUGGGCAGCCUCACCCUCCGACUGCCCACUGGUGCUGCGGAGGCUCAUUCGCAAGGAAGACAUCCGGGCUGGCUGCAAAUGUAUUGUGAAGGCGCCCUUGGUGUCCGACUUGGAGCUGGAGCGCUUCCUGUCUGCACCCCGGGACCCCAACCAAGUGCUGGUAUUUGGAAUAAUGUCGAGCCAGGAUCCCACGCUCACCGCACAGCUGCAGUGGCUGAUGGAUACACUGUAUAGCCAUCUGCAGCAGGGCCGGUCAUCACCCUGCACCCAGUGCCGGCAUGACCCUUACCGCCUGCUGCGGUAUGACCUGGACAGCCCCCUGCAGAAGGAUCCUCCCCUAAUGGUGAAGAAGUUUGCAGUGAUACACGGGAUGGUUUUGAUGUUUGCUGGGGGCAAGCUCCUAUUUGGGGGCUGUGUGCUAAAUGGCUACGGCUUCAGCAAGCAGAAUCUGCUGAAACAGAUCUUCCGGGCUCAACAGGAUUGCAAGAUGGGCUACUUCCUACCGGACAACUACAAAUUCAAGCAUGACGCUUUUAGAGCAUCCAGAAUAGCCAAACCAUGUGGCUUAAGCAGCAGAGGUGUGCCAUCUCAGUUCUUGGGACUGGAGUCUGAACCCAGCAUGUCAACCUAUGUCACAAACCUGGAUGAAACUGAGUCAACUAAAAAGCCCCCAUCUGAUGAUUACGAAGGCAGUGUCUCUUCAGUGGUGCUUGUGGACAAAAUAGAAAAAGAACCACCUCCCUCCCCUGAGAAGGACAAACCGCCUGAACUGGAACUGCAGCCUUUCACCAAAACGAGGAGGAGCAGUAAGAAGACCGCUGGCUUUAAGAAGUCAAACUCUAAGAAGUGA